GCGCCUCGCGGCGGUGUUGUCGGCGGCCCCAAGAUGGCGGCGGUGGCGGCGGGCGCGGCGGCCCCUCAGCAGCCGCCGCCGCCUCAGCAGCCGCCGCAGCCGGCGGGAGGCGGCGGGAGCGGCUCCGGGGAGGCGGCGGGAGCCGCGGGUGGUGCCGGAGGCGGCGGCGGAGGUGCCGGAGGCGGAGGCGGCGCAGCCGGGCCUGCGCCGGGCUCGGGAUCGGGCGGCGGCGCGGCCGCGGGCGAGUCGUGGUACCUGGCGCUGCUGGGCCUGGCCGAGCAUUUCCGCACGUCCAGCCCGCCCAAGGUGCGGCUGUGCGUGCACUGCCUGCAGGCCGUGCUGCCCCGCAAGCCCCCGGCCCGCAUGGAGGCCCGCACGCACCUCCAGCUCGGCUCCGUCCUCUACCACCACACCCGCAACGGCGACCAGGCCCGCGGGCACCUGGAGAAGGCGUGGCUGAUAUCCCAGCAGAUCCCCCAGUUUGAGGAUGUGAAGUUUGAGGCAGCCAGUUUGCUGUCGGAGCUCUACUGCCAGGAGAAUUCCGUGGACACGGCCAAGCCCCUGCUGCGCAAAGCCAUCCAGAUCUCCCAGCAAACUCCCUACUGGCACUGCAGGCUGCUCUUCCAGCUGGCUCAACUCCACACCCUGGAGAAGGAUUUGGUGUCGGCCUGCGACCUGCUGGGCGUGGGGGCCGAGUACGCCCGCGUGGUGGGCUCCGAGUACACCAGAGCCCUCUUCCUGCUCAGCAAGGGGAUGCUGCUGCUGAUGGAGAGGAAGCUGCAGGAGGUUCACCCGCUGCUGACGCUGUGCGGGCAGAUCGUGGAGAACUGGCAGGGCAAUCCCAUCCAGAAGGAAUCCCUCCGAGUCUUCUUCCUGGUCCUGCAGGUCACACAUUACCUGGAUGCUGGCCAGGUGAAGAGCGUGAAGCCGUGCCUGAAGCAGCUGCAGCAGUGCAUCCAGACCAUCUCCACCCUGCACGACGACGAGAUCCUGCCCAGCAACCCCGCCGACCUCUUCCACUGGCUGCCCAAGGAGCACAUGUGUGUGCUGGUCUACCUGGUGACAGUGAUGCAUUCCAUGCAGGCAGGGUACCUGGAGAAGGCUCAGAAAUACACGGACAAAGCCCUCAUGCAGCUGGAGAAGCUCAAAAUGCUGGACUGCAGCCCCAUCCUGUCCUCAUUCCAAGUGAUUUUGUUGGAACACAUCAUCAUGUGCAGGCUGGUGACAGGACACAAAGCCACAGCCCUGCAGGAGAUUUCCCAGGUCUGCCAGCUGUGCCAGCAGUCUCCCAGGCUCUUUUCCAACCACGCUGCCCAGCUGCACACGCUCCUGGGUCUCUACUGCAUCUCUGUCAACUGCAUGGACAAUGCAGAAGCACAAUUCACUACAGCACUGAGGCUCACAACCCACCAGGAGCUGUGGGCAUUUAUUGUCACCAACCUGGCCAGCGUCUACAUCCGGGAAGGGAAUCGGCACCAGGAGCUCUACAGUUUAUUGGAAAGGAUAAAUCCCGACCACAACUUCCCAGUGAGUUCCCACUGCCUCCGGGCCGCGGCGUUUUACAUCCGAGGGCUCUUCUCCUUUUUCCAGGGAAGAUACAACGAGGCCAAGCGUUUUUUGCGGGAGACGCUGAAGAUGUCGAACGCCGAGGACCUGAACCGCCUGACGGCGUGCUCGCUCGUGCUGCUGGGCCACAUCUUCUACGUGCUGGGCAACCACCGGGAAAGCAACAACAUGGUGGUGCCGGCCAUGCAGCUGGCCAGCAAGAUCCCGGAUAUGUCCGUGCAGCUCUGGUCCUCCGCCCUGCUCCGGGACCUGAACAAGGCGUGUGGGAACGCCAUGGACGCGCACGAGGCGGCGCAGAUGCACCAGAACUUCUCUCAGCAGCUGCUGCAGGAUCACAUCGAGGCCUGCAGCCUCCCCGAGCACAACCUCAUCACGUGGACGGACGGACCCCCCCCAGUCCAAUUCCAGGCCCAGAACGGCCCCACCACCAGCCUGGCCAGUCUGCUGUGAAUUCCCGGAAAAACUCCCGGAAAAUUCAUGGAAAACUCCAGGAAAACUCCAGGAUCUCCACCAACAACAUCCCAGGAAGAGGAAAAAACAAAAAACAAAACAAAAAAAAAAGCGCCAAAAACUUGGGAAAA